UCGCAGCUUUAAUCGGAGCGCGGGACGGGACCGAAUAAUUUGUAAUUAAUUAAUCUUUAAUCGCAACUCUGGAUGCACCUGGCGAUGCGGACAUGAUCGCCGUCGCAGAACCGCCGCUGGAGUUUGUGCCGCGCGGCCGUCAGUCGGCCGCGGAGCACCCGGGUCCGCACGACCAGCCGCUGGCGCGCCACCAGCUGCCCACCACGGAGCACCUGCUGCUGCAGCGCAUGCAGAACGUGAACAUCUCGUCGGCCGGCGAGGAUGCCGGUCCGAACGGCGGCCAGGAGUCGUGGACGAUCCGGGAGCUGUACGACGACUACGAGGCGGCCGAGGAGCGGGCUGCCCGGCGGCGCCAGCUGAUCGAGCGGACCAAGCGGUGCGGUCCCAAGGCGGCGGCGGCCACGCAGCUCACCUCGCUGCCCCAGAGUCUGUUGCAUCCGCCGCUGGAGUGGCGCGAGGAGCCCAUGUGCGACUACAUGGUGAACAACGAGGAGGAGCUGUAUGUCCACCGGAACACGGUCGUCUGGACGCAGGGCUUCAAUGACGACAGCGACGAAGGGGUGUAUCGGCGCAUGUGCUUCACCAGCGAUUCGCCGGUGCGCUUCGCCUGCUUCCUUAAUCGCAGCUUUGUCCGCGGACGAUUGGCCCAGCUAAAGGCGGCUGUCCAAUCAGAGGAUGACGGACUCACUGCCAUUUGUGUGAUGGACCAGGACGCUUUGAGGGUCUACUGCAACGAUGGCGAGGACUACCUGGCCAACCUGGACUUCCCCGUCUCGCAGGUAUGGCAGACCAUGCACGGCCUGCUGCUGGAGAAGGACUCCAGCAAUGCUUUGAUAUCACACCUCUCCAUUCCGAUGCCGCGGCUCUUCUCCAUGUCCCAUCCGCUGCACGAAGCCUGUCCAGUCGUCCUGAAGACGGCCACCAGCUCCACGGGCUACAUGACCGAGCCCGAGUACAGUGUGGUCUUCACCACCGACGAUUCGGAUUUGGUGCUGCUGUACGACGCCAAGUUCUUCAAGCACUUUGUGGCCCGCCUGAGGAAGGUCACGCCCGACGAGGUCAACUAUGUGGGACAGCAGCAGGAGCUGGGCCAGACGCUGCUGGGAUCCAGAUCGCAGGCGGGGGGCAAUAGCUUCAGCUCCACCAAGCACACCGGCGCCAUGCCAAAAGCUCCGAAUGCCUCGUUUCUGGGCAGGACUAACACCAUCUCGGGUCUGGGCAAUCUGUCCAAGUUCGGGCUCAGCCAGUCGCAGUCUUUCAGCGGAGUGCUCGGCCAGUCGAAUCGCGCCUCUUUGGGCACGCCACUGAGCCAACUGCAGAGCAGCAUCAGCCAGCAGUCCAUGUCCGUGAAGGAUAUGCGCAAGAUGACGCACGUGAAGCCGGCGAAGCCCAUUGAACCGGAAAUGUGUCUGGAGCACAUAUGGACAGAGAACACCUAUGGAACGCAACGCGAGUUCUGCGAGAUGGCCACCCGAGCAUUUAUCCACACGGAUCUGGUGGGUCAGACGUUUAUGUGCUACCUGCUGGCCCGCUCAUGCCGCCUCCAAAUGGUCCGGCUCACUGGCUACGGGAGCAGCGAGGUGCAGCUCUCGACACUCGCAUCCACGCUGGCCGCCAAGGAUGCCGUGGGCCUCAACAGACUGCACAUGAUUGCGGUCCUCGAUCCGGGCGGCAGUUUGAUCCUAUACACUGGCACUGUGCUCAUUUCCAAGGUGCACAUUACCCCGUUGCUAGCGCCAAGCUCCAUUCCCACACCUUUGGUCACGCCCACGGCUGCUGCGACUCCUCCGCCCACUCCGUCUCUGUUGAAAACCCCAGUGACAGCUGGUUGUGCUGGUGGAAAUCCUGCCAACAGCAGUUCCUUUGUGGAGGUGCGAAGAAGCAGCCUACUGCCCACGAAAGCUCCGGGGGAUUUGGCUGCCUUCGAUGAGGAGCUGCACAUGUUGUCGCCCAUCCAACCGCAGCCGGUUUCUUACACGCAAAGGCAGGCGCAUAAUGUCUGCAAGUCCCUGAGAGAUCCGGCCGGAAAUCGAUUGACUUUGGUCUAUGCCACGGGUAGGAUGCUUAGAAUAGCGCUGCCCCUUUUGAACGAUACACGACUGCUCACCAGAUGUGUGGCCACGUUGCGGCAGAUUCUGAGUCCCGCACAGUUCCUGCAUUUUGUGAUCCGUUGGUACAGCGCCAGAAAUCCGCCGGGAUCCAGGGACUACUCAAUCGAGCAGGAAUGGCUGCUCUUCCGGUGCACUCUGCUCUCCCUAAUGGGUCUGACUGCAGCUCCGGAUGUAGAGACGGGCGAGAGCUACGGCAGAUGUGCCACGCCAUCUCUGCAUACUCAUUUUGGAGGAGUUACUGCCACGGGUUCGGGUGACGGUUCCAAUUGCAGUUCCAAUUCCACGCUGGGCGCCCAGGAUGAGCCGAAAAAACGAAGAAAAUACAAUGACUGCGAGGAUUUCACGGACGAUGACUGGGAGUUCCUGCUGCUCCAGACGACACUGGCUCCCUGUGGAGCGGAUGGGCAUAGCUAUAGCGUGGACAUCAACGCGCCGCUCUUCCAGAUGAUCCCCGCUAUCUUCUUUAGUCUGCAUUUACUGUACGAGGAUCUCAAACUGGACGCUGUCUUCUAUGCAGCGCUCCCAUACCUUGCAACGUUCCUUCACCAACUGGCCAUUGAUAUGCAGCUGGACAGCUAUGUGCUGCACUACAUCCUAGACUUCCCGGAACUUUCCAAUCGCACCGGUAAGCUCUCGCUGCUGGGAUCGGAGCACGGGGCAAUGAUGCUGCACCAGGAGCUUCUGAGGGUUCCGGCCCCCAGCGUAUUUGCCCAACUGGAGCACAUAGUUGUGGGCGAAGAGGAGGUGCUGCCCUACAGCUUCGUGGACUGUGUGAACGAGAGGAGUCGCAAUUUACUGCAACUCGUAUCCCUGGUGGUCCACGGGCAGGAACGUCUCAAGCACUGGUGGCAGCUCCUUGAGAUCCCCGAAGCCGUCCAGGCCAACUAUCCGAGGCGGGUUAAGCGAAGCAUCACGGCGGAUGCACCACGGAGCCACCAAAUGCUAGAGUUGAUCCUGGCCAUGCGAUUGACAAGGCGGGAUAUUGAGAGAUUCCCGGCAGCGGUGCAUCUGAUCGUAGCUGAGGCUUUGGAGGAGGCUCGCCUAUCGCCGCCCAUGGGCUGUAGCAUGGCCACUUAUGAGCUUAUCCUGCGACCGGAACUGGCGGCACACGCCCAGCUGCCGUUCCUGGAAACGAGCAUUGGACAACCGCAUUGCGGCAGAGUCUACAGGGAGGACUCGCUGUCAGCCAGGUGUCCCCCGACCGGAGGGGCAGAGCCUGAGUCUUCGGAGCAAUUGCGGCACGACGACAUGGACAACAUGGACACGAAACUGCUGCGGUUGCGCUUCCCCGACGACAUGCGCGUGGAGGAGGUGCGACGUCUGCUUAACAGCUCGGAGCCAGUGGUCAUCGAAGUGCAGCAGUCGCCGGGAACCAGCGACCAUGAGUUCAUCGAGGAGCAGGAGAAGCAGCUAUUUGCUUUGUGUGCCAGGACGAUGACUUUACCUCUGGGCAGAGGCAUGUUCACCCUGAGAACGAUGAUGCCCAGACCCAGCGAUAGCUUGUCCAUGCCCAAACUGUGCCUGGUGGGCAGGGAGCCGCUGAAGGGGACCACCAUCGAAAUGCAGCAGAUCGAGUUCCCCGCCAACAUGCAGAUGUGGCCUUCGUUCCACAAUGGCGUGGCCACGGGCCUGAAGAUCUCGCCCCAGGCCCAGGACAUAGACUCCACUUGGAUUGUUUACAACAAGCCCAAGGCGCAGGCGAACAAUGCCGUGGAGCACGCCGGCUUCCUCAUGGCGUUGGGCUUGAAUGGCCACCUGAAAACGCUGUCCUUCAUGAGUGUUUACAAGUAUUUGGUUAAGUGCGAUGAGAUGACCAACGUGGGCCUGCUGCUGGGCAUUUCCGCCGCCCAUCGAGGCUCAAUGGAUACGAAAACGACGAAGUUGUUGAGUGUUCACUUGGAGGCACUGCUUCCAGCCACCGCCAUGGAGCUGGAUAUACCGCAAAGCACACAGGUGGCUGCGCUGAUGGGCAUUGGUUUGCUGUAUCAGGGAUCAGCCAAGCGGCACAUAGCCGAGGUGCUGCUGCAGGAGAUCGGCAGACCUCCGGGUCCCGAGAUGGAGAACAGCGUGGAGCGUGAAUCGUAUGCCAUGACAGCUGGCUUGUCGCUCGGAUUGGUCACCCUGGGCCAAGGGGAAUCGCCAGCUGGACUGCGGGAUCUACAACUGCCGGACACUCUGCACUACUACAUGGUGGGCGGAGUCAAGCGACCCAUCAGUGGAUCCCAGAAGGAGAAGUACCGACUGGCCUCCUUCCAAGUUCGCGAGGGCGACAGCGUCAAUAUAGAUGUCACCGCUCCGGGUGCGACACUCGCACUGGGACUCAUGUUCUUCAACUCCGGGAACGCGGCGAUUGCUGAGUGGAUGCAGCCGCCGGAUUCGCGGUAUCUGCUGGACAUGGUGCGGCCGGACUUCCUGCUGCUCCGCACCAUAGCCAGGGGCCUAAUCCUGUGGCAGGACAUCCGACCGGACAACGAGUGGUUCCAGGCGCAGUUUCCGCAGACCCUCCGGGUUCACCUGAGGCUUCCUUCGCGCGAUGACGAGCCGGCUGCCGACGACGGCGAUGUGGACUUCGAGGCCAUCACGCAAGCCUACUGCAAUAUCAUGGCCGGAGCUGCUUUUUGCAUUGGCCUUAAGUACGCGGGCACGGAAGACAUGGUGGCCUUCGCCACGCUGCGGGCAGUGAUCAAGGAGUUUCUGGGCUUCCCCGGCACACCAAUGGGCGAAUGUGCCGGCCGUACUACAGUGGAGAGUUGCCUGAUGGUGUUGCUCAUCUCGAUCUCGCUGGUCUUCGCCGGGUCCGGAAACUGCGAGAUCCUUCGCAUCAUUCGGUAUCUAAGAUCGCGGGUGGGACCGCAGUACCCGCACAUAACCUACGGCUCCCACAUGGCCAUUCACAUGUCGCUGGGCCUGCUAUUCCUGGGAGCUGGUCGCUUCACCAUUGCCAAGACACCAGAAUCGAUUGCAGCGCUGGUCUGCGCCUUCUUCCCCAAGUUUCCCAUACACAGCAACGACAAUCGUUAUCACCUCCAGGCGCUGAGACACCUAUAUGUAUUGGCAGUGGAACCACGCUUGUUCCUUCCACGGGAUAUUGACACCAACCAGCUCUGUCUGGCCAACAUAUCCGUGCUGGAGGUGGGUGCCACCGAGAUGCGCCGCCUGCCCAUCGCUCCCUGCAUCCUGCCCGUGCUGAGCAGUCUGCAACAGGUGGUUGUGGACGACGAGAACUAUUGGCCAGUGUGCUUCGAGCGUUCCCGCAAUUGGCAUCAGUUGGAAAAAGCGCUGGAGAUGAGUGCACCGAUCGAUAUCAAGAAGCGAACGGGCUGCCUCUCCCACUUGGAGGAUCCCGACAGACUGAAGAGCAUGCUGGCGCAGACCUUGACGAUGGAGCAGAGCAUCUGCUGGCAGAUCGAUAUGAACGACCUGCAGCAGUUUGCCAGCGAACGGAUGGUCAAGCCCUUCUUGAGCCGCUGCCUGGCCACCAAGGGCACGGAUUUGAGUUAUCCGGAGCUGGUAAAGCGCCACCAGAUGAUGCUGCUCUUCUACAAUGCCGUGGUCAAGGAUCGGAUGCAUUUGCUACCCGUCUAUCUAACGCUAUACGAUCACGUGACCAAGUCCAUGCUGACCAACAUCGAUGUGUGGCAGCUAAAGCUGAUCGAUGCCUACUUGAGUCGCAACCAGGAGUCGGAGCAUCCGCUUAUCUCCGUGGAGCUCAUCCAGAUGAUGCAGGAGCUCUUCAAACAGGAAAUGGAGGAUUCGACGCGCGAGUUGUGUGUGCCGCUGAGGGAGUUCCUCAGCCGGAAGCGCCUGGAUCCGAGCUAUGUGACAACCGUCAGUGGACCGGAUUUGCAGCGAGCUUUUUGCGUGAUCAACUACUAUAACCUAUUGCCGAAUAUGUUGAAUGGCGUGGAUUUGAGUACAGGCACGGUCAACUACAUGCGCAUACUCUUCGAAUUCCGGCAACUGAAUCUCGGCGCGCAAACCAUCUUCGGUCUGCUGAAGAUCCUUCAGGCACUUUCCACCGAGGUGGUGACCCUGGAUGAGGCAGCCCUUUUGGCGUACACCAUGGCCACCCAAUGAUCCUCGAGCGACCUUUUCUUUUGUUUGGCUUAGAAUAUAUGUUGUGAUAUCUGCUUGGAAUGCGGAUAUGUAUGCGCUCGA